AUCUUUAAUAAUUUUAUUAUUGUGUUUGUGUGUUUAACUUUGUGCUUAUGACUCCUAACCUCUUUGUGUGUUACACGUUAUCGUUACUGUAUAAUUAAAUUUAUAAUAAAUAUAAUACAUAUUUAUCGUGAUAUAUUAUUAUUAUAAUUAUACAUAUGGAGCUAUAAUUUAAAAAAUCUUUUUAUAAGAGUUAUAAAAAUUGGUAAAAUAAUAAUAUAUUUUCAUAGGCAGUAACACAGUACAACACAGUGGAAACAUGAAACCAAAAACAAUAUUGAUUCAUACAUAAUAAUAAAAAAGUUAAAACAAAAAAAAAAAAAAAUAGUAAUAUGGUAAACAAGCUAAUAAAAAUGAAUCGUCAAGAGGAGUUUAUAUCAAAAAGACAGGCCUUAUGUAGAGCUUGUUCUGUAAUAUUAACAAGAUUAUCAAAUUCUGAGAUCAAUAAAUGGAGAAAGAGAACAACAGUACAAAAAUUGGAACGGCACUAUCCUCGUCGUCGUAAAAGACUGAGCUCAUCAGAAACAUCAACGAAUGAUUAUUGUAGGCUAUUGAGACCAAAGAGAAAAUUAAUUUCAAAUAAUUCUACCGGUGCAGUAUUUGAUUCAUCUUUAUUAUCCCAUAUGUUGGAUGAUUCAAGUUCUGAUAUUAAUAAUUAUAAUGAUGAUCAUGAUGAUCAUGAUAAUGCUGGUAGUAAUAGUAAUAAUAAUGGUAAACAACAAACAAAAUUAAAAAUUAAUGAUACAUUAUUAAAAAACGAUAAUACACCUUACACUGUUACUACUAAUAAAACCGACAAUACAAAUUCAGCUUUUGACACUGAUAACGUAUCAUCAAUAAAUGAUGAUAAUAUUCAAGCAUGGAAAUAUAAAAGAAAGCAAGAGUCUCAUUCACAGUCAAUAUCUCAUUCAAUUUACGAUGUAAAUAAAAAAAGAAAAAAAAAUAUACAAGAAACAGUAAAUAGUCAAUUGAAAGUUAAUGAUACUGACAAUUGUCAUUUAAAUUUAAAAAAAUCUUGCAUCAUCAAUGACAACAGUGAAAAAAAUAAUAUUACAACUUUAAAUAAUGUAUCUCAUUUAAUAAAAGAAGUAAGAAUAAUUUCACCACGAUUAGAAGAAAUAGAUGAUCCACAUGUACGACAAUGGCAAUUAAAAACUGCUGCUAUUACUGCCAAUAUUGAUACUACUAAUACUAAAAAUGAUGCUUCAAUUUUGACGACUACUACUACUAAUACUACUAGUAGCACUUUUGAAGAUAAAUCUCAAUUGCAAUUUGCAUCUGCAUCUGCAUCUGCAUCUGAAUCUACAUUUACAUCUACAUCUACAUCGAAAACUAUUGCUUUAAAAAAAACAACAAUUAAACCUCUAAAAAAUGUAUUAUCAAAAAAACCUCAAAAAAUAAGGCGUAAACUUGAACCAAAGUCUACAACUUUAGAAUGUAAUGUUUGUUUAACAGUGUUUGACAGUAAAGUAGAAUUAGCUAAACACAUUUAUACACAUACAUCACGUGAGCUUCAAGAGCGAUUUGAAGCAGCUCAAACAAAAAAAGAUCAACAACAACAACAACAACAAAUCCAAGAAUUAUCUGAUGAACAAAAUAAUAUAAGUAGUAACAAUAAUAAUAAUAAUAAUAAUAAUAAUAAUAAUAAUAAUAAUAAUAAUAAUAGUGUAGCAAUAAAAUCAACUGAUAAUAGAAUAGAUGAACAAGUUGGUGAUAAUGUGCAAUUACCAUUUUCAUCUAUUGAUAAUAAUAUUAUAUCAUCUGCAUCAUCAUCGUCGUUAUCGUCAUCAUCAUUAUCAACAGCAGCAGUACCAAUUACUAUCUGUCCUUGUCACAAUAGUUAUAAAAAUAAUGAUUUUAGUGUUCAAAUAGAAAUGGUAUUAUUUUGUGAAAUAUGCCGUAUAUUUUAUCGUCGACGUGAUUGUUUUGAAACCCACUAUAGAUCUAGCCCAAAGUGUAAUAAGGACAGCGAUGGACGACGAAGUCAUAGACUAGUUAAAUUAUUUUGCUUAAAGUGUCAUAUAGUUAUUGAUGAAUUGUCAAAUAUCCAUCAACAUAUCCAAAAACAUGCCAGUAUUAAUAGCAAUACAUCUAUUACUGUUGUUUGUAAUAUCUGCAAAGUUGUAUUUUCCAGUGUAGGAACGAUAUUUUCAAAUCAUUGGUAUAAUCAUGUGCGAGAUCCAAUGUUUACUGCUAGUUUAUAUUCAUUUCAAAAAUUAUAUAUACAAAAGCAAGGACAGUUACCUGUUGAUGCAACACCAAAUGAUAAAUAUAUUUUUAUAGCUGAAUUUGUAUGUCAUAUUUGUAAAACACAAUUCAUUUCCGAAAGUAUUUUAGAUAAUCAUAUUAAAAAUGAAUGUAAUAAACUACCAUCAAUAACAACAAUUACAACAACAACAACAACAACGACAACAACAACAACAUCAACAUCAACAACAACAACAUCAACAUCAACAACAACAAAUAAUUAUAAUAAAAUUACUAUUCAAGAAAAAGAAAAUAGUAAAAAAAAUGUUGAAAAAUCAAAUAUUUGUUUGCAACAAACUCCAGAUAAUAUAAAUCAUCCAGUAUCUACUAAUCAAAAAUAUAAAAUUUUAACAAUUGUUAAUAACGAAUUUUCAAAGCUAUUAAGUAUGAUUAAUAAUUGGAUUUGUGAUUUUUGCAAUUGUAAAUUAUCAAAUUGGUUAGAAUUUGAAAAACACUGUUUAAUACAUUUAAAUCAAGACAAUGAGUAUCCUGGACAUUUGUGUAUAAAGAAAAUAGAUAAAAUAAAUAAAACAUCAUUAAAUCCAUCUUCUACUCCAGUAUUAACUUGUAAUAUAUGCCAAUCAAUUCAUAUAAAUAUAUAUGAUUUGAUAAAACACUGGACGGGGCAUGGAAUUAUUAAAAUAAUUUGUACUAUUUGUAAUUUACAAUAUUCAAAUUUUGAUAUAUAUGGAGCACACAUGCUAUUAUCUUGUUAUCAACCUCGUGUUGAUAAUAGUUUUAUUAAAAAACCCGAUUGUCGAAUUCAUAUUAAUCGUCAGCCAGCAUAUACAUGCAAAGUUUGUAAAUCUAAUGAUACUAAUUCGAGUUCCAUAAAAUUAAAUGGAAUUUUAUUAGCAAAAACAACAACAACAACAGCAACACCAACAACAGUAAUAAUACCGACAACAACAAUUUCAGUCGUAGGAAAAUUCAAUAAUACUAUUAUGUCUACUCCUAUGACUGUUGUAAGUAAUUCAUCAUUUAAUUUAUUUGAAAAAAAUUUAAUACAAUCUUCGCCUAUAUCUUUUAUAAAAUGUCCAACCAAUGAUAGAACAAUAAUGCCAAAUAAUAUCGAACAAAGUAUAACAUCUGAUGGACGAUCAAUCAAUAGUAUUACAAAUAAUAAUAAUAAUUCAUCAAUUGCUGUAUCUUUAGUUGUUGACAAAUCAGGAAAUCUUCGACUUAUUCCUACGCCUACAAAUACUUCAAUAAUCAAAAUUACUGCUAAUAAUAAUACAAUAGUUAAUAAUUUACAGACUAUUUCAACUAAUAACAAUAUCUCAAAAGGGCCAUCUACUUUUUAUGAUAAAAAAAUUAAAUUAAUAGCUGAUAAUAAAUCAUCACAAGCUAAAUUAUCAGCAGAAUUAAUUGAUAUUACGGAUAAUGACGAUGAUAAUAAUGAUGAUAAAAAAAUAAAUAAUAGUAGUAAAUUAUCCAAUGAAAUUACUGAUGUAAAAAAAUUAAAAAAACUAGUUGGAAUAGGUACAACUGUAGAGGAUAAUAGUAAUGUUGAUGUUACCAAUAAUAAUGUUAAUACUCAAGGUAAUAAUGAUGAUAAUGAUGAUGAAAUUAUUAUAGAAAGCAUAUCAACUGUAACAACAAAAAAUAUAACAUCAAAUAAUUUAAAUAAAUACAAUACUGUUGAAAAUAAUAUAAAUAAUACACAUGAUAUUAUUACUUUGGAUCAAGAAAAAAAUGAUAAUUCACUUAAACAACGAGGAUUUUUGCGUGUAAAAAAUUUUUCCGAAUUACAAGCUGUAAAAAAUUUUGCUUGUCAACAUUGUAAAGCAGCAUUUGAUAAUGCAACUUCAUUGAAUGAACAUUUGAUUGGACAUAAAACAACGUUAAAAAUAAAUUUAAAAGAACGUAUUCCAACAAUGAGAGCUGCUUUAGUAUUACCCUCACCACUACAGCCAUUAGUUAAAUUUCCUUCCGUCCUAUCAAGGACUAGUUCAGAAUUUAAUAAUAAUUCAACUUCUCCAUAUUCUGGUGAUUCAAUCCAUAGAGGAAAUAUAAAUCAAUCAUUAAAUAUUCCCACUGAAAUUAAUCAACAGUUUAUAUUACAAGAGCAUAAUAAUAUUCCAUUGACGGCACAUAAUCAGCAGUCAUUAUUAACAUGUCCAUUAUGUAUUAUUUAUCAGUGUAAAAAACAAGAGGAUCUUGCAGAACAUGUAUCAAGUGUCCAUUGUAGUAAAAUAAAUAAUAAUAAUAAUUUAAAUUAUACUCGAGUAAUAAAUGAUAAUUUAUUAUUAUCAUCAGCAUCUUCAUUAUUAACAUCUACAUCUACAUCAAGCACAUCAUGGAACAAUAUAAAUAAUAAACGUGAUCAAUCUAUUGUUACCGGUAUUGGUGUUGAUAAUAUUAACAGCACUAGCACUAGCAUUAGCACUAGCACUAACAAUACUAAUACUAAUACUAAUACUAAUACUAAUACUAAUAUAAUAAAUUCAUUAAAAAGAAGCAUCUUGAAAUCAUCAUUACUAUCUCAAACUUGUUCAUUGCCAUUGACAACAGCAAAUCAAACACCAUCUAUGUCAUCAUUGCCAUUAUCAUCAUCAUCAUCAUCAUCAUCAUCAUCGCCAUCUUCAUCGUCGUCGGAAGUACGAAGUGAAAUAAAACAUAAACUUUUUAGCUGUAAAUUUUGCAAGUUUGAUACAUUUGAGAAAAAUGAAAUAAUUCAACAUGUUUUACGGCAUGACGUUACUUCUGUUAAUGCUGCUGCUGUUGCUGCUACAGCCACUCCUGGUUCACUAUCAUUUUCCUCACCAAUUGUUACAAAUGGUAUUACCAAUAUCGCCAUCAAUAAUAAUAAUAAUAAUAAUAAUAAUAAUAAUAUUACUAAUAUUAAUAAUAAUAAUUUUAUUGAUAAUAGGCUUUACAGUUAUAACUCACAAUUGGUAACUACUACAACAGCAACGCCAACAACAACAACAAUAACAACAACAACAAUAACAACUACAACAAAUUCCCAUAUAUGUCCUAUUUGUAUGAGCUUCCAAUCAACUUCAUUUGAUCAAUUGAAUCAACAUAUUAAACUAAUUCACUAUGCUUGUUUAUUAUCCGAUAAUGAAACAUUUCUUUGUUUACAGUGUCCAUUUUUCCAGGGUUUUCAUGGCCCAGAAAUGUUAAAACAACACAAAGAUAUUUAUCAUAUUCAUAUUUGUCCAUUUUGUCAAAAACGAUUUCAAUUGUACGAUGAUUUUAUAAAACACCCGUGUACGCAAAAUAGUGUAUCAAAAUAAGCUUAAUAAUAAUAAUAAUAAUAAUAAUGUCAAGAUCAAAAAUCGUAAACAAAUAUUUAAAAAAAAUACAUCUAAUACCUCAAUAUACAUUGUGUAUAAGCAGUGUAUGUAUUAGUACAUUUUAUAGGUAUAUUCUGUAAUUAACUUUUCCAAAAAAAUAAAAAAAAUAACGUUAGCGAUUCUAUCGUCUU